AUUCCAGGUAUAACAAUAUAAACUGAUAUUUUGUCGGUCAAUUUCCGAACUUCCCUUCGAUCCAGAUGUAUUUUCCGAACAUACCACUAUAGACAAGAUGUAAUGGUUCCGGCGCGGAAGUCCUCAAACCUUUUUGUGUGCGAAUAGCCUCACAAUUGCUUUAUGGGGAAGACCCGUUUGUCAAAAGCUCCUGAUGGGUUGUGGCUGCAGCCCAAUGGCUUACCAGGCCCUGUGACACGAGUUAUCAAGCCGACCCAGCCGUUUGGCCGCCGAUCAACAUCACCGCCGGCCAGUCAGCCCAGCGAGCUGCCAAGCUGUGAUUCUAUCGCUGAUAUAAUUUUCUCAAAGCCCCCAACCCCUAAAACAAUAUAUUUUUAUCACUAAAUUGGUACUGCGUCAAAGAGUCGGAAGGCGACUCAGGGUCUACUUGAACAGAGGUGAUCGAUUCCAGGUCGAACCCAUUCCUAGAACUGCGGUCCGACAAGCUUAGGAGCAAAAGUGGAUUGGGUAAGUUUCACACAGAAAUGUCAGAAUAUUUGGCACUAAACAUUUUGAGGAUAGGUUCAAAGUGCCCAAAAUUAUGAUCAACAGUGCCAAAAAACCUGCACCAAAAAUUGACGAUAAGGAAUUCCAAAUAACUUACCCCUGAU